GGGAGGCGCGAGGCAGGCGGGGCCGCGGCAGGUUCGCGCUCCCUCCGGGGCUGCGCGCCCCCUCGGCUGCGCUCGGCACCGGGGCGCCGGCAGCAGAUGGGAGCUCGGGGUGCCCAAGAUGCGGGUGCCGGCCAGGGAGCUCUUCCGGGACGCUGCCUUCCCGGCCUCGGACUCCUCACUCUUCUCCAGCUUCUCCACGCCGCUGGCCCAGUUCCGGGAGGAAAUCACGUGGAGGCGGCCCCAGGAAAUCUGCGCCACGCCCCAGCUGUUUGCAGAUCGCGCUCAGGAAGGACAGGUGAAGCAAGGGCUGCUAGGGGACUGCUGGUUCCUGUGCGCCUGCGCCGCCCUGCAGAAGAGCCAGCACCUCCUGGACCAGGUCUUUCCUCCGGGACAGCCGAGCUGGCUCGACCAGACGUACCGCGGCUCCUUCACCUGUCGAGUUUGGCAGUUUGGACGCUGGGUGGAGGUGACCAUAGAUGACCGUCUGCCUUGUCUUGCAGGGAGACUCUGCUUCUCCCGGUGCCAGAGGGAGGAUGUGUUCUGGCUUCCCUUACUGGAGAAGGUCUACGCCAAGGUCUACGGGUCCUAUGAGCACCUGUGGGCGGGACAGGUGGCUGACGCCCUGGUGGACCUCACUGGUGGCCUGGCCGAAAGGUGGAACCUGAAGGACAUGGCAGGAACCAGCGGCCAGCAGGACAGGCCCAGGGGCGCGGAACGUAGGACUUGUCGGCAGCUGCUCGGCCUGAAGGACCGCUGUCUGCUGAGCUGCUCGGUGCUCAGCCCCAGAACAGGUACCAGGGCGCUGGGGGAGUUUCAUGCUUUCAUUGUCUCGGACCUGCAAGAGCUCCGGGGUCAGGCUGGUCAGAGCAUCCUGCUGCUGCGGAUUCAGAACCCCUGGGGCCGGCGGUGUUGGCAGGGGCCCUGGAGAGAGGGGGGUGAAGGGUGGAGCCGGGUGGAGUCGGUGGCCCAGUCUGAGUUGCUGUCGCAGCUCCAGGACGGGGAGUUCUGGGUGGAGGAGGACGAGUUCCUGCGGGAGUUCGACGAGCUCACCAUCGGCUUCCCUGUCACGGAGGCUGGCCACCUGCAGAGCCUCCACUCAGGAAGGGCGCUGUGCCACACUCAGGAGCUGCCCGGGGCCUGGGUCAAGGGCCAGUCGGCGGGAGGCUGCCGGAACAACAGUGGCUUCCCCAGCAACCCCAAGUUCUGGCUGCGGGUCUGCGAACCCAGCGAGGUAUACAUGGCCGUCCUGCAGAGACCACAGCUGCGCACGGCGGGCCACCCAGGCAGGGACUACCAGGCCGUGGGCCUGCACAUCUGGAAGGUGGAGAAGCGGCGGGUCAGCCUGCCCAGGGCCCUGUCCGUGCCCCCUGUGGCGGGCACCGCGUGCCACGCGUACGACCGCGAGGUCCACCUGCGCUGUGAGCUCGCUCCGGGCUACUACCUGGCCGUGCCCAGCACCUUCCUGAAGGACAUGCCAGGGCGGUUCCUGCUCCGGGUCUUCUCCAGUGGGAGAGUCUCCCUCAGCGCCAUCCAGCCGGCAGCCCAGAGCACUGCCCCCCGGGAGGCCCUGCCCGUGGGCGAGUGGGAGACCGUGAGGCUGCGGGGCUCCUGGAGAGUCGGCCGGACGGCGGGGGGCAGCCGGAACUUUGCCUCCUACCCCACCAACCCCCGCUUCCCCCUCUUGGUGCCGGAGGGCGCAGGCCCCCGCUGCGUCCGCAUCACCCUGCACCAGCACUGCCGUGACCACGAGGGCCUCCCCAUCGGCUUCCACAUCUUCCAGGCCGUCCGGUCUGAGCCCGGGCUUCCCCCAGGUCCCAGCGGACGGCGGGGGCCAGGAUGCGCCCUCCUGGCUGCUCCAGGAGCCUCUGCUGAGCUGUGUGCCGCACUGCUACGCCCAGGAGGUCAGCCGGCUCUGCCACCUGUCCGAGGGGACCUAUUGGAUCGUGCCCUCCACCUACCAGCCGGACACAGAGGGGGCCUUCACAGUGACCGUGGAGACCAGAAUAGACAGGCGCUCCAUUCACAGCCAGGAGAUGCUGGGGCAGCUUCUCAAGGAGGCCUCCUUCGUGGCAGUGAUGAAAGCCUAACCGGGUGACCCUGCGUAUCGGCUCCGGUGACCAGGGGUCUGAGGGGCUCCCAGUGGCCCACACGCCAGGGCCGCGGCGGCUGGGCCUGAGCGGGUCCUGGCAAAGAGCCCCCGUCCCGGCAGGUGCUGCAGGAAGGGCAAGAAAAACUCAGGGUGGGCCCCUUCGUUCCACGCCGCUGAGCCAACAGAGCCUCCCUGAAAUCCUCCACGCCCUGUCUCCUUGGCCCCGGAGAAAGGCCUUACGGCGCAUCGGGACAGAUCUUGUUUAAAACUGUUUAUUAGAAACGUUUUUAGGACGUAACUUUAUAAAUAAACAUUAGCACUGAGCAGCUUC